GCCGAAGCGAAAAGGAAAAAGCUUUGAUCUUUGGUGUAGAAAGAGCACGAUUGAUCCGUUGAUCUUUCGAAUCAAAGAGAGAUAUCGAUUCGUUGAAUAUAUUUAUGCGGAAGAACCCUAGCUGAUAAGUCGCUAUGGGAGAUUCCGCUUCUUCUUCUUCUUCUUCUUCUUCUUCUGUUCACAGAUCUCUUGGUGGUGGCUCAGUUGCUGAUCUGCUGCUGUGGAGAAACAGGACAGGUGCAGUCAUUUUGCUAGUUUCUUCUACUGCGUUUUGGUUCCUGUUCGAGAGAGCUGGUUACAAUCUCUUGUCUUUCGUCUCCAAUGUUCUGCUUCUCCUUGUUGCCAUCCUCUUCUUAUGGGCCAAGUCUGCUACUCUACUCAACCGACCUCUACCUCCAGUUCCCAAUAUGGAAAUCCCUGAGGAGUUUGCAAUCAAGGCUGCUGAUGAUAUUCGGGCUUUGAUCAAUCAUGUGCUCUCAAUUGCAAGUGAUAUCACCAUUGCUAGAAAUCCAAUUCGUCUCCUUCAGGUUUCAUUUGUCUUGUGGGCUAUAUCCUAUGUCGGGACUUUGAUCAACUCCCUCACUCUUGUCUACAUUGUGGUUCUUCUCAGUCUUUCUGUUCCUGUUGUGUACGAGAACUACCAAGAGCACAUCGAUGAUAAGCUGAGUUCAACUUCAGAAGUCAUUCGAAAUAUCUCAAGGAAGAUUCCAAUGCCCGUAAGCAAAGAGAAGAAGUAUCAGUAGGUAGUGUAAUAGGUGGAAAAAAAAACUGCCGGUUUGUUUCAUCAGACUAAUUACAGCAGCUUUUAACACACAUGAAUGGCACUGGAUUUGCUUGCUAUAAUAGGAUGAUCAAGCAGCAGAAAAAAAAAGUGAAUCGCAGUACAGAUUUUUGCUCAUAUCUUUCUGCUUUGGUCUAUCUUUCUGUGUUUGCUCUGUUCUACUAGAUUCAUGGUGGGUUUUUUGUGUCUUUUGACAGAACGUCUGGUCUUUUAGUUUACACACAAAUGAUUUGUAGCAUUCUUGUUGCAGUAAGAUAAAUCUAAUACAAUUUGAGUGGUUAUUCAAACAUAAUUGCUGA